GGGCGGCGCUUCCGGCGGGCGCGAGGCCUUGUGGGGGAUCGCGAGGCGCCUGUUCUGCGCGGCGGUGCUGAGCGGCCGGAGCCGUGAUGUCUCACACAAUUCUACUUGUGCAGCCCACCAAGAGGCCAGAAGGCAGAACAUACGCUGACUAUGAAUCGGUGAAUGAGUGCAUGGAAGGAGUCUGUAAAAUGUACGAAGAGCAUCUGAAGAGAAUGAAUCCCAACAGCCCAUCCAUUACGUACGAUAUCAGCCAGUUGUUUGACUUCAUUGAUGACUUGGCAGACCUCAGCUGUCUCGUUUACCGUGCUGAUACUCAGACAUACCAACCAUACAAUAAAGACUGGAUAAAGGAGAAGAUCUACGUCCUGCUCCGCAGGCAGGCCCAGCAAGCAAGCAAAUAAUGGGGGCAGCAGCCUCCCGUGGGGCUGGGGGAGGGCUUGGACAACAGGUGUGUACAGAGUGUAGUAGUGAACGUUUUGUAUCAUAGUCAUCCUGUUGCCAUCUUGUUAAACUCUGUAGCCAGGACUGAACUAUUGGUAGAGAUGCAAGGGUUUCCUCGGAUUUGGCUUUUGGUUUGGGGGGUUUUUUUCAGUGUAAAUGGAGAAGAAAGGGUGACAUUUUCAGCAGAGUUCUCAUUUGGUCUUUUUUGUUCCUCUGGUUGACUAAUGGUCCUACCUUGUUUGAACCCCUGGGGCUGUCCACAUUGUCCUUCGCCACAUUCACUGUACGCGCCCUGCCGUGGGGUUGCCAGCGUUUCGUUAUGUCCUCGAGGCGGUCUUGAUGGGGAAUAAAAAGCUACCCUUUAGUUAAA